CUUCAAACACUGACUUCAGCUCGCCCCAGCUUUUCCAUACCACUGCAAUGCCUUCACCCACACCACACCCCGACCGCAUCGCCCUCGUCGAGGGGGCAAGACCGCGUUCCCCCGUGCGAAAGGAUGACCGCCAGAACACCUCGCGCCCGCGCUCGCGCUCACGCUCCCCGCGCCGAAGCCCCCCGCGCAGACCGAAAGGCUUCUCUGGCCUGAAGUGGAAGAAGCCAGAGCGCUCUGGCGACGGGGACAGCAACCGCGGCCGGGACGAUAGACGAGGCGGAGGCGGAGGCGGAGGCGGAGGCGGCUAUGACAGGGACGACCGCCGGCGCGACGACAGAGACAGAGACAGAGAGCGAGACCGAGGAUACAGAUCGCGCGACGACCGCGACCGCCGUGACAGACGGGACGACGACCGCCGCCGAGACCACCGCGAUGACCGCGGCAGAUCAGGGCGAGACCGCGAUUCUGACCGGCCUCGCUCCGACCGCCCUUCGCGCUCAGACAAGCCUCCCAAGGACAAACCCACCAAGCCUGCCGCCGCGCCCGCGCCCGUCGCAACAGGCGAGCCCAUGAUCAUCGUGACGGUCAACGACCGACUCGGCACCAAAGCGCAGAUCCCGUGCAUGGCGUCAGAUCCGGUGAAGGUGUUCAAAGCGAUGGUGGCGGCCAAGAUCGGGCGGCCGGUGCACGAAAUUAUGCUGAAGCGGCAAGGGGAGCGGCCGUUCCAUGAUCAGUUGAGCUUGGCGGAUUACGGGGUGAGUCAUGGUGUGCAGAUUGAUUUGGAGUUGAAUACUGGGGACUAGUCGUCGGAGGGGACGGGGAGGAUGCAGUGGGGGCUGGGCAGGUAUGGGCUGUCGGACGAAUGGCGAAUAAGCUCCGCGACGCGAGGGGACGGCAUAGAAGUAAAUCGGACUGGGAGGGGAUGCGGUUGCAUUGAACAUCGCCAUGCAUGCUUCGGCGCGGCGACUUUGAGACAUGGACUACAGAAUAAUGAUACCCUUGGACGCGCACGUUCUGCCCUCUCCGCAAACUGUCGUCUUCGUGAAUCUCAGGAAUAGGAGGCACUUGGUUCGCACUGGGUAUCAUUUCUAUCCUCAGCCACGUCUAGUA